CAAAACCCUAAAAUCCAUAAUUUUUUAUUUUGGGUUUAAAAACUAAAAACUUCCCAUCUUCGAACCCAUCUUUUUCGAAGAACCCCAUAAAAAUACCCUUAAAAAAGGGGGGGAAAUGGCCAAAUGAGAGAGAAAAACAAGCCAAAUCUAGUGAGAAGCUUUAAAGGAUGUGGAGGGCGGUAGAGUAGUGGUAGUAGUAGUAGUAGUAGAAGUCGUAGUAGAAGAAGACACUGUUGCGUAGAAAACGCUCCCUUCCAAAACAAUCAUAUUACUAACUGGGUGUUUGCGUUUGAUUUUUAGGGUUUGAGUUCCGAUUGAUGGCAGGAUCUUGGAUGAUAGCUGAUUGUUCUGAAUUAGAUUACGAAGGUGCUGCGAAGAAGAUUGAACGAAGCGGGUAUUUGUUAGAUUUUGGAUUCAUUUUAAUAGGUUGUGAACUUUGGGAUGUUACGAGAAUUGAAACAAGUCUGCUGAGUUCAUUAAACUCAGUAAGAGAUUCUCGAUUAGUAGAAGGGAGCUGAGUUCAUGAGUAGAGCUACCGAUUAGGAAUUGCUGUAUGAAAAAUCAGCAAAAGGAGUGGUAGUGUCUCGCAAUGGUUGAGAAUUGGGCUGAAACCAAAAGGAAACGGCAGUCAUGUUGUCAGAUGAGUUCAUGAAUUAUGUUGCCUUUGAUGAAAAUUCAAUUUCAGAUUUUUCCAAGAGAAUACUCGCUAUGAAGAGUGAUAAGAUGAAGAGUGGGGAUGUAUUUCCUCGCAGAAGCAAGAAACUCAAGGAUAUUAAUCAUUGCAACAAUGAAAAUGAGGAUAUAAAAAUUAUUGAUCUACGUUUAGUCAAGGAACCGAAUUUUACCCCGGAGAGAAAGGAGGAACCAUUGUUGGGAUUGCUUAAUUGGCUUAAAGGGAUUGCAAGAAACCCGUGUGAUCCUUCAGUAUGUUCAUUACCCGAAAAGUCGAAAUGGAAAUCAUAUGGAAAUGAAGAGAUUUGGAAACAAGUUUUGCUGGUUCGAGAGAAAAUGUUUGUGAAACGACAAGUUGAUUCAAGUAGCGAACAAUCUCUGGUGCAGAGAAAUCAGAGGAUGCAUCCUUGUAUGUACGACAACGAUACGGUUCCGAUUUACAAUCUUAGGAAGAGAUUAAGCUUUGAGAAGAAGGAUCUUUCUCAAGAACCUGUCUCUAAAACAAGUGAUUCCUCACCUACAGAUUCAUCAGAUGAUUACAAGCCCGUUCCUCUGGGGUCAGAUUACCAAACUCAAGUACCAGAAUGGAAUGGCGUGAUAUCCGAAAGUGAUUUAAAGUGGUUGGGAACUCAAGAUUGGCCCUUGAAGAAAGUAAGGAAUCGAUAUCUAGUUGAACGGGAUCCCAUUGGGAGAGGAAGGCGAGAUCCUUGUGGGUGCUUCGACGCCAACUCGGUUGGUUGUGUCAAAUUUCAUGUUACUGAGAAAAGACACAAAGUGAAGCUGGAGUUGGGCGAUGCGUUCCUCCAAUGGAGAUUUGAUAAGAUGGGGGAAGAUGUUACGUUUUCAUGGACUGCUGAUGAUGAGAAAAAGUUUGAGGACAUCGUGACUUCGAACCCUCCGUCCCUCGGGAUAUCUUUUUGGGAUGAGAUCAUUGAGUCAUUUCCUUCUAGGAGCAAGGCGGAUCUUGUUUGCUACUACUAUAAUGUCUUUCUUUUACGUCGUAGAGGACACCAAAAUCGGGUUACACCAAAUGAAAUCGAUAGUGAUGAAGAGUCGGAAUCUGGAAUUGUAACCAAUGGACUUCUAAACCAAGUGCAUAAUUCAUCCGACUCCAUUUUCUACUCUCCCAAGAAGCCACGUUGUAGCCUGUGAAAAAUGGUAGCUAAGGGGACGGGGGACGAGGACGUCGUGAUUUACCGAGUCAUUGUUACGAAAACAAGCUGAAUUUUGAGGCUCGAGCAAUUUUGAUUUUGGGUUAUGCUGCUCCAUUUC